CCAGUGACUUCCUUGUUGUGAGUCCCGGCCUGGCAGUGUCCGCGCUCGUAGCCCUGCUGUCCUUAUCCGGACCGCUAGCCCGAGUCUAGGUCACAGCCACAACCCCACUCGGUCGGUCACCCUUUUCCCCGCACGCCCUUCGCUCUCUGACAUGCCCAACCCCAGCAGCACCUCCUCUCCCUGUCCCCUCCCUGAGGAAAUUAGGAACCUGUUGGCAGAUGUUGAAACAUUUGUAGCAGACAUACUGAAGGGGGAAAAUUUAUCCAAGAAAGCAAAGGAAAAGAGAGAAUACCUUAUUAAGAAGAUAAAAGAUGUAAAGUCUAUCUAUCUUCAGGAAUUUCAAGACAAAGGUGAUGCAGAAGAAGGGGAAGAAUAUGAUGACCCUUUUGCUGGACCUCCAGAUACUAUUUCAUUAGCCUCAGAACGAUAUGAUAAGGAUGAUGACGCUCCCUCUGAUGGUAUGCGAUGUUUUCCUAGACAUUAUAUGUCUUAGCACUUCUGUGUGAAAAGGGAGUGGUCUUACCAGAAAGCAGAAGGCAGGGGCCUUGGUUAACUCACCUUUACCGGACCCUUUUAAGGAACAGAACAGCUCUCUCUAGUGGUCCUAGUUGAGGUUUUCCUAAGGAUAUAGUUAACUUUUUUUUCUAGGAAAUAUUCUUUACUACUAGAAUUUUUAGGAGCAUGCUUACAUGAUUAUGUGACUAUUAUUAGUAAGUUUGUUGGUUAAUUUAAUAUUAUCAGAUUCUUGCUUAAUUUUAUUGUGCUUCUUAAUGGCUUGUUGUAUUAUUUAUUUUAUGAAUAAUGAAAAAGAUUUUUGAUCUAUUUUUUUCUGAAAACUUCAUACAGAAUGAGUUCAUAAAAUAUUAAAUUAAUUAUUCCUACAUUGCUUUCUCAUAUCGAGACACGUUUUUAUCAAAUGUUUCUUUUAGUACGCAUUUUCAUUUUUUUGAUUUUCACGUAAAAUGCCCUAUAUUAUGCAGUAAUAUUAGAGCGUUUUGUAUUAAUUGAAUUAGUUAUGAAGUUGGUUGUUUGUCUCUUAGUAAUUUCUAAAAACUACUGAAUGUUACCAAAGUUAUGAAACUUGCUUUUAGUGUACAGAUGUGCUUUCUCUGUUAUAGCCAGUUUAGUGCACCUGCAUCAUAGAAACCUUGUAAGGGUGAGAUAUAGUUAUAAAUUAAGAAUGUGUAUAGAUAAAUUAGCCAUGCAUAUUAAUUUGUGGCACUCAGAGUUUCACACAGACAUAGAAAUGAAUGAUGCCUUCUGCCACUAUAUGAUGAUCAAACUGUGCAGUUCCAUCUCUAAAUACAAUUGCUGAAUGAAAAUAUGCUUCCUGCAACAGAGCACUCCACACUUUAUGUGAUCCAGAUUAUUCCCUUUGGAAACAUAAAUUGCUUUUAUGAGGUAUAAAAUUACGUCUAUUGCAGAACAGGGAUAAGUCAAGUACAUGCAUAAGUGAUAAGCAUUCUAACCACUGAUUCAGAACAAAACAAUCUUUUCUUAUACCCAGAACUUUGUACAAUUUGUAGCAAUAAUAAUCAUAUCCAUUUUCUGUUGAGUUUUACAUUUAAUUUCUAUUGUUAAAGGACGGAAUUUUUUCUCUUCCAUUUCCCCUCUAUCUUUUAUAAAGAUGAUGCACAUUUCUCUUUGCUUACAGUUUGUUAUCCUAAGCAGACAUUGCCCUUUCUAAUCUCAACUUCAGAAACAUUUCUGUGAGAAAAUGCCUUAUAAUUGAUGAAAUAAUAUUUUAGGCAAGAUAAUUAUUAUUUAAAUUAACCCGUUUUUCAGAAACUUGUUUUGCUUUUCUGUAAAAUGUUGGUAGAUGUGAAUGAGUAUAUAUGUGUAACUAUAUAUACAUACAGACACUAUUUAUACUAAAAAAAAAAACAUACACAGAAUGUAUUCAUAGAAUGGAUAUACUGAGUUUCU